ACAGGUUGAUGAAACGACGCCGUAGGACUCAUCAUCUUCUCCAUCACUCUAGCGCAGCAGCAAACCAGUAGCAGUGGCUGAAUGGCGAAGCUUUCGGGAUUGGGUGUGGUUCCUCCAUUCUGGGUCUCGCAAACUAGGGCAACGUCCUUGGAAGAGCAAAUUCCCCCCAAUGCCCUCCGCCGGAAGCGAGAUCCGGCCUGGAGAGGAGGGUUCAGCCUAGGGUUAGAUCUGGGAAUGUCCCGCACCGGCCUCGCCCUCAGCAAAGGCUUCUAUAUUCGUCCCCUUACGGUUCUUGAGCUUCGAGGCCAGAAGCUUGAGCUUCGUCUUCUCCAAAUCGCUCAAUCACAGGAGGUGGAUGAGUUCAUAAUUGGGCUUCCAAGGGCUUGUGAUGGCCAGGAGACGCAGCAAUCGAACAAAGUCCGCAGCGUUGCCGGGAGGCUCGCGGUUCGGGCUGCGGAGAGAGGUUGGAGAGUUUACCUGCUGGAUGAACAUGGGACAUCAGCUGAUGCCAUGAGUCGAAUGAUUGAUAUGGAUCUUAGCAAGUCUACUCGUCGACGGGAACUAGACGCAUAUGCUGCCGUGGUAUUCAUUCCCCUACCUUGGGUUUUCUUGAGUUUCGAUGGUGCUGGAGAGAUAUUUUGCGCUGUCGGGCCAGGGAAUUGAACUAGUCCUACCAAAACAGUUGGAACUUCAGGAAAAGCUUCUGAAUGGGCCACCUAAAGAUUUGGACUUUAUGGAAUGACCGUUUUGGCGGCGUAUCGGUUUGUACUUCACUUUGUUUUGAGGUGGCUUAGGAGCUUAAUGAUUUUAUCUUUUGCAUUAUAUUUUGUAUUUGUUUUCUUAAUAUAAGCUUUUUACCCAAA